UUGAUUAAAUUGUCUUCUCUGUCUCUCUCUCUUAUUUCUCUGUCUCUCUCAGUUUUGUGAAACCAAAUCAAUGGCGUCACGCGACACGAAGAAGCCAUCAAAGCCCUCGACCAGUCGAGCAGGCGGAAUCCGCACGCUCUCCGACCUCAACCGCCCCUCCGCCGAUUCCGACAGCGACUCCGAUGGCCCUCAGGAGUAUUACACCGGCGGCGAGAAGAGUGGAAUGCUUGUCCAGGACCCUACUAAAGGAAAUGAUGUCGAUGCAAUUUUCAAUCAAGCUAGGCAACUCGGAGCUGUAGAAAGGCACCUUGAUCAGCUUCAGGAACCUCCAAGGUCAACUAGCUUUACUGGAACUGGCAGGGUACUCUCAGGGGAAACUGUGCAAUCAACUUCGCAGCAACCUGAGUCUGUUGUUCAUAACAUUGUUUUUUGGAGUAACGGUUUCACCGUAAAUGAUGGACCUUUGAGGAGAUUGGACGAUCCUGAAAACGCCUCAUUUUUAGAGAGCAUAAAAAAAUCUGAAUGCCCCAAAGAGCUUGAACCUGCAGAUAGGAGAACAUCUGUAAAUGUUAAUCUCAUAAGAAGGAACGAGAACUAUCCUGAACCCAAAAAGAGCCAUGUUCCGUUUAAGGGAGUGGGAAGAACUCUAGGAAGCAGCUCUGCUUCAACGGCACCUGAGCCAACUGUUGCCUCAGCACCUUCCAACUCAGCUCCUUCCCUUUCUUCUGGCUUGGCGGUUGAUCAGUCAUUGCCAUCAACCUCAAUACAACUCAGGUUAGCUGAUGGAACGCGCUUGGUAUCGCAUUUUAAUUAUCACCACACGAUCAGCGACAUCCGAGCCUUCAUUGAUGCAUCCAGACCUGGGGGUCAGCAGAAUUAUCAACUUCAGAUGAUGGGCUUCCCCCCAAAGGUUCUAACUGAUGAAAAUCAGACUAUAGAACAAGCAGGACUGGCAAAUUCAGUUGUCAUGCAGAAAUUUUAGACAUUGCUGCUUCAUGGCCAUUUCUCAUUACUGGCUAUAAAUGCUGCAUAAAAAUUAUCUGGUGUUAUUGAGGUGAGCUACUGUUAUUAACAAAAACAAAUAGGAAUCCGCAUGUGUUGAGGGUAUAUUUAUUUGCUUUAUGUCGAUCAAGCUUUGUCAAGUACUGUAUUAUUUGCUUUAUUAUGAUCAGUUUAUAAUGGCUCAGUUUUGGACCUAA